CAUUAAUGCGUAGAGGAAGAGGAGGAGGAGGUGGACUCAGCUCUUCUUCGAUGUGCUGAGAGCUGCUGUUUCACUUCACCACCGCCUGCGAGCAGCCCAGUCACUGCUCCGUCUCUCUAGGUGUGACCUUUGGAUCUCUCCUGAAAAGUGCCAACAUUUUUGAUACUCGUUUUUGUGUUGUAUUUUUUUUACGCUAAGCCUCGCCGGGGAGAGCACUCCAGGUCGGUGAAACGAGAAGUUUAAAUCCCCAGCUGCUUGCGCAAGGAGACGCCGGAUCGCACACCUCCACACUGCUAUAUCUUUAGUGUAUUUUCUUUGUGUGGUGGAGGUUAUCGUCAACUUCAGUGAAGUUUUAUCUGCCAAGAGAGGACACACAUCCGCCCGGCAUCAUGACUCGGAGAUCCUGUGCCAUUUACGCCACCGGGAUCGUGUGCGCUCACCUCCUGAUUGUGGGGAUCGCCCUGGUCGUAGCUCAAGUCUUCCAAACAAUGAUUCACAGCCGGCUAAAAAAGGUGAGUUUAAACCCUCCUGACAUCGAAAAAACUGUGAUUUCACCCACUUAACCUUCCGUCUGUCACACAUGAUGGGGUUUAACAUUUCAGUACCUGCAGUGGUCAAUCACCGCAUUCAGCAUCUUUCUGAUUCGUGGUCACAAGAUCUCCCAGGGUGUGUUAAAUUGUCUCAGUUUUACAGUGGGCUUUAUUACGUUUUACUGCAUUCUGCAUCUUCAGUUCAACGUGAUGGACCAAAGCCUUUCCCUUCAUGAAUCCGCAUGAUCCGAGGUUGUGUAGCGUGUAAGUCCCAUUACUGUGCAGCUUCAGGGGUCUUGUUCCAGCUUGCUUUAAAGACAGGCGUGGAGAUUUGAAGCCUUUCACGAAGACCUAACAAACGCUUUCCUGUAGACAGAAACCCCCUAAGAGUCCUGCACAGGAGAAACAAUAAAUGUGUGAUUUGCAGAGGUGAGUUCAUGAUGACCUUACCCCUUUUUUUAAUGACACUUCAAUCUCCUUUAAGACUGAGCUCUGUGGUGUUUAAGGAAAUGUUCUGACCUGUUUAUACAUUAUAAAGUUUAAGGUCUAAAAGGACUCGGGUAAAUGAAGGAUGGGCAUGAUCCCUCUCUGGUCUAGUGCUUUUGGAUCCUCUUGAUCAUCUGUGCAGCACUGUGCGCAUGACCCGGUGACACAUUUCUGUGUCAAGGCUCGAUAUACUGACUCCUUGAUGUGUUUGGUAUUCUGAGGAGGGUCAGUGGUAGUAUAGUAGAAAUCUCAGCCAGCAGGGAUACAGUGGGUAAAGGGGGGAGGUGUCCAGCCAGGUCUUGAGCUAUGGGGGAAGGGUGAGUGGACAGGACAGUCCCUGACUUUCCACGAGUGGAAAUCUUGCAAGUUUUGUACAGAAAGCUGAGUGGCAGCCCUGGGUCAGCCGGGGGGAUCUGCGCUGCUCGGGUUGACGUCCUUGUUUUGGCUGCAAACUGUGAUGAAGUGGAUAGAAAGCGCAAAGAAAUACCCAAAUAUGCUGGCUGUAUGUUAACCAGAUCCACUCCAGAACUUGCCUAUUUUAGGACCUGCAUCACUGGUUGAUAUGAAGUCUUAAGUGAUCCAAAAAUCAACAAAUUCUGAUCAGAGAAGUUCAAACUUCCUCCUUCAUUUGAAAGCUUUGCUCCUGUCAUAUCAGCAUGAAAAUGUACACAGAAACAACCACCAGCUCAUCACCAGCUUCAUUUGUAGUAACUGGCAGAGCAUUUAUGGUUAGUCAAGCUGGAUUAAGUUUUGGCUUGUUAAUGCAGUUUGAGACAUGUAUGAGUGAUGGGGUGGUGGCCCAGUGGGGUGGGUCAGAGUGGAGUGGAGUGGGGGUGUUGGCAGCUGACAUCCUAUCCCCACCCUGCCCUCCCACGGCUGCCCUCUUCCCUUUAAAAUACCUCACAUUCCUCUUUUGGACAUGAAUCAGUGUGUUGGAUGUUCUCUGCAACUCAUUAUCUGUUCUUUUAAAUCUGUCUGCUUCCUCUCAAAGUCAUCCCACACACACACUCACACACUUCUUAAGAAGAUGGGAAAAAAAAAAGUAAAGAGCAGCAAAACACGCUAUUUGUCCUGGCAAACGGUCUCCUGGCUGACAUGGUUUCCCCCUCCUGGAGUUAAAUUUAGGCCUGGGUCUCAUUUGUGUCUCAUUCUGAAUCACUGCAGCGUCCCAGGGGAUCCAAAUUAAAAGAGUUAGCCAAAAGUUCACCAACAGGGGACAUAAUUCUGAUGAGGAUGGCGAUUACAUGAAAUGACAGCACAGCUAAUCCUCUUCCGUCAUGGUCCUCCCGUUGAAUUAGGCAGGCACGGACAUGCUGAGCCCCUCCAAAAGAAAUCUACCUAAUCUGAUGUUUGAAUGCAUCUCUCUCUGUGAUAAUAAUGCAGCCCGGUUUGUUUUGGGGAAAAGUCAGAGCUGCCUCCAGGACGCAGACUCUGAAUGUUUUGUGAGCUGGGUGUGGAGGUAAGCAGCGGCGUUAGAGCCACGCAAGGAAUUUGACAGAGUUCUCGGCCUCCAGGGUAUGAUUUUCAGCCUGGGAGCAGAGUCGCAAGGUUUUGUUGUUGUUCCUGCCUCGGCCUAUCCCGACCAAGAAACCUGACUGAAGACAAACACCCACACUUAUGCCACUCCUCUCAGUCCAUUUCAAGGCGGUACGAGUGAUUGAGCUGGAAGCACUCAAGAACAAGGCCACACUGGUGCAGCAUAGUGUGUUUUUUUUCCCUCUAAAAGUGUCAUUGACGCUCACUGCCUGUGCAAAACUUCAACACAGGAGGCAUUUAUGAAAACACAUCGACAACUUUCUUGUAUUUUUAAUUAUGAAGUUUCCAUCUUUUGCCAUUUUCCACAAAUGCGGAUCAAAGCAGGAUCUUGUCUCAACACACCUAAGCUGUGCCUGAAGUUGUUUGGCUAAGGCACAGCGCUCAUUGCCCCAGUUGUUUGGAUUACUAGUCCUUCAAAACCCUCCAGCUCUUUCCAUGAGCGAAUGAAAAACACUGUAUUUUGAUUACACCGACUACCAACUUCACUUUGUCCCUCACUUGUCUUUUUAUUUGUGACGGAUCAAGGCUUUUUUGGGAGAUAAAUGAUGUUUAAAUAACUUCCCUGAAGGCUUUUCCACAGACCUUUGCUCAAGGUUGGCAAACACGGAGAUUUCAAUGCUGUGUACGCAGUUAUUUCAAAAGUGACACAGUUUGCAUUUUGUUUAAAAAGGGGGGACAAACUGGGUCACUCCUGCUGGUUUGACAUGGAGGCCUCUAGUGCGCUGACUGCUCAUGAAUGUCACAAGCCUCUGUUGCGUUACCUGGUUUCCCUGAUUUUUUUAAUUAGAGAAGAAGUCUCGGGAGAAUCUCUCUUUUUAAACACUUCAAGGUCCUUUUCAGAGUUUGAUAGCAGAUACACAGUUUUGACGUCAACCUCAGCUGAUUAUUCAAUCCUUUAACACACUUGUGAUAAUUAGAGAGAAAAAAGACAUGACUGGUACAAAGCCACAGACAGUAGACAGAUAUUAUAAGGCUGCCAUCUUGUGACAUCUUUAUCAGCAUAUUGAUAAUUUUCCUCAUUGUAUAUCUUUUUUUUGCUGAGUAAGCACUUAUUUUCAAGUCAAAUCAUCUCUUAAAAAUGACCUGGCGAGGGAUGCAAAAGUUUAGCCCACUAGGGAAUUAAACCGAAUCACUUUCUCUCGUCAGCGCCAGAAUCACUAGCUUUAUUUUUGUUACUGUCGGCCUAAAAUGUCGAUCAUAUGUUGAAUCUGAGCUGUGGCUCCAGCACUGCUAGGAUGCUUUAUAACGGAAACUUACUUAAAGCAAAAUGCAGAUAGAGCUGUGUAUCUGCUUUGUCUGGUGAAACUGAAUGUAGCAAAUAUGUAACCACCGCAGGCAGGUGAACAUUAACCUGCAAGGAGGACUUAAGGCUGGUGGUUCUAGCUCUGCAAGUGUUAGACUUUGUAAUUCCAGGUCUAACCUUGUCACAGAAACGGUGAGUGUUUUCUUACCUCUGACAGAGUUUAAAGUUCAGUUUAUACAACCAGGAAAUCACUUCAAACAUCCCAUAUAUUGGCUUCAUAACUGAAAGCAGUAUCACAAAAAUCCUGAGUUGGUUUUCUAGUUCUCCUAAAGCUAGAUUAACUACUUGAAAUAAAUUAGUAAAUCUUCUCAUAUUUACCAAUGAAAGUAUUUGCUUCUUCUUUCUUAAAUUGCUAAAAGAGUAUGUCGUUUUUGGCGUUCUUGCCUGUGUUGAUCAGAAUGAUAAAAAGCUGCUCCUAUUGCUCAAUCCAUCCCCUGACUGAACAUAACAAACAUGUUUUUGGAAACAUGACAAGCACUCUUCUUAAAAAUAUUCCCUGUUUCACAGACCAAACUAUUUAAGUGUUGAGGACAGUCAUUGUAAUUUGCAUCCUCUGACCGCAUGAACAUGUUUUUUCUAUUACUGUGAUAAAAAAAAAAAGUCUAAUUCGUAAACACAAUCUUAACUUGAUCAUCUGUCCUGACUGCAGAGCAUCAAAGCUGUGAUUUGGAUCAAACACAGGUCUGUGUAAAGCUGGAAAGGAAGAAAUCAUUCAAGAGAAACCAGGCAAACAAUUCUAUGCAGAAAAAACAUGUUUGAGGGUCGGAUGUUGCAACCCAAACAGGAAGCGUCAGCCACACCCUAAGCUAUAUUUUCUCAACAACAAGUCACUGCAGAAGACAAUGUAUGGCCUCUGUGAAGUGCACCUCACUGUACUCAGGGGACGGAGAGGGUUUUCAGGAACUCAGCAUGAACAAGACAGAAAGGGAAGAGGGUCCUUUCUGCCGUCCAAACAUUAAAAAUACACCUCAGGAAAGGAAAAGGCUUAUUUAUCGUCCUGGAUCUCAAACACCUUUAGAAAAACAUAGUUUUCUUGUACAGAUUAAUGCUGCAGUUAAAGGUUAAUGCAGCUUGUGUUCAGACAUGCUGCAGCCAGAGUCACUUACAUCACACAUGGCUACUUAGCUUUGACUUCAACUGUAAGGCUUGUUUUUCUCAAAAUGAACACAGUGAAAGCACCACUACGUCAGUUUCUGCGGCUGCCCUGAGCAGCUUAGUGUGAACUUAAAAAAACCACCUGUGUUUUGAUCGCCGUGUCUCUUACUGCAACACCUCUCUGGAUCAUGAAGGCUGACUAGUCGCCCUCAAUCAGAUCCUUGUCUUGGUAUGCUGAGGUCAGAGGCAGGGCGCAGAAGAUUUUCUGCCUGUCCUGACAGUUUUUUUAAGCCAUGAAGGACUUUUCUCUGCUUCCUUCUGGGUUUUGGGGGUCUUGGCGUGGCACCAGCUUCUCGCAGAAAAGUGCCAUGUGUGCACUCAGAUGGCCCUCAUUCACACAAAGCAAACAGCUUUGAAAAAUGCUCCAAUUUGAAUAGAACAGCAUCGCAUCUUGAGUGUGAGAUUACAGCUUUUGAAACUUAUUAGUAACUUUGACCUAAAGUGCUCUUUUUCUGCUGUUUCCUCAGUCUGACUCUGUAUUCUCUUCUUUUGUUUCAUAGGAAAUAACUUUGACGGAGAAGAGCCAAAUGUUCGAGGGGUGGAAGAACCCACCUCCACCUGUUUACAUGGAGUAUUACUUCUUCAAUGUUACCAAUGUGGAGGUGUUCUUGGCAGGCGGGAAAGCAGUUGUUAAACAGAUCGGACCCUAUACUUACAGGUAGGCGCGAAUAAAGAUCCAGAAAGUGUGUUUGAGCAGCGCUGCAGCUGCAGAUGGAAAAAGAAACUUGUGAUCAUUGUAGCUGUGUUGGGAAUAGUCGAGGAUAAUUCUUUUAGUGCAGUUUGAAAACAAAACACGUCGACAUCUGGACUGACUGGCUGAUGCUCUUUUUCCACAUCAGGGAAUACAGGCCGCGGGAAAACGUCACAUUCCUGGAGAACGGCACCAAGGUUUACGCCCUGAACCCCAAAACUUUUGUGUUUGUUCCUGAGAAGUCGGCUGGUGAUCCAGAGGUUGACAUCCUCAGGACAGUCAACAUCCCAUAUGUGGUAAGUGAUGGCGUCUGUGCAGGAUAAUGUGUGUUAUUACGACCUGCAGCUGCCCGUUAAUCAUGUCCUCAGGUUUGAGCUGGAGUCACAUGAUUGGCAUGUGUGUUCCUCAUUUUCUCUCCCACACGUUAUUAUUUCCCCCACACACUCCAGACCAUUGUCUUCUUUGUGUGUCCAAGAUACAAAAAUGUCACAACACAGCUAACGACAGGGAUUUCAGGCCAAUCCAAACAAGCCGAGUGAACCUAAAUAACACAAAAGAACAUUUUCAAACAGGAAUUCAUUUGUGUGUAUGAUGAGAAACAGGCUCUCCAUUGUCUGAUUUUUUUCCCUCUCCUUCUGUUUCGUCUUCAGGCGGUGAUGAAUGAGCUGGACUCUUACUCCUUCUUCCUGAAAACGCUGGUCUCCAUGUACAUGAACGGCCUGGGCAUUGAGCUGUUCAUGACCCGCACUGUCCACGAGGUGCUGUGGGGCUUUAAGGACCCUCUCCUUUCCAAGAUCCACUCCAUGAAGCCUGAAGUAGACGAGUAUUUUGGGCUGAUGUGGAAGGUAAAAUAAACGAACUCUUCUCAGUGUCCCUCAGAUCUGUUUCUAAACCUAAGCUUGAUGGUAUUCUGGCACCAAAAUCCGAAGAAAGCUCCUGUGCGCAGGUUGUCAGGGGUUACCAAACAACAGGCGUGUGUGAGCGUGAGAUAACGUCAUGUAAGAGAAGUGAGAUUAGCCACAUGCUGACAGAAGAUGCUUGUACUUCCUGUUUAUAGAGCAACGUCUGCAUCUUGGCAUAGGCGACAAAAACCAGUCUUGUGAUCCUGAGGGCAGCAGUUUAAGUUUGAAAAAUAGAGUUUUAAGUGAGUUCAUGUUUUAAAAAAAUUGACGAUCCGAUUUUCUUUUCUAUCGGCAAAAUUGACCUCUGCUUUUAAAACGUGAGUGUUGGAGCCUUUUCGAGAAGACGUGAUAUGAAACACUAGCGAAUCAGUGGAUUGAAGAAAGAAGUAAUCAGGUUUUUUAGGCUAUUUUGUAACAUUUUAUUUUGAUAAUUUACCAGAAUUCGAGACAAAAGUUGACGCAAAAGCAAACGCCUGCUCAUUGUAAUUCCAAAAACAGUUACGUUUUGGUCCCACACCUUCAUCAACAGCCCUUGUUUUCUAGUAACAAAAUGUUGCUUAUCGACACCAUUUUGAUGGUUAGACGUGAAGUAAAUUUGCUUGUAACUUUUGGUGGCCUCACUCCUCUCCUGUGCAGCUGUUCUCUGAAAGAGACGUGAAAUAUUUCACGUCUUUUGAGAUAAAGAAAACCAAUUCUUGUCACCUUGAAUGCAAAGAAAGCCCUUUAAAAUAUUCAUGUAGUUUGAUUUGAAACUGAAAAACACAAGUUUUCAUUUUGUGCUCUUUAAUGAAAUACCAGCGGCUCACUGUGUAUCAGAGUCAUAUGAAAAUGCAUUAAGAGGCAUGAAAAUGACGAACACAAAGCAGCAUUUCUCUCAUAUUUCCCAUGAUCCUUGAAUAUGAACACUGUCUCUGAUUCCACACUCUACCCUUCACAGUUGUGUCACAGCAGCUCUGUCUGAGCCUCGUGUCAUUUCUUUUUCCCUUUUUUGCAGAAAAAUGGCACCCAUGAAGGAGAGUUUGUGUUCCACACAGGCGAGGAGAACUACUUGGAUUACGGAAAGAUCGACACGUGGAAUGGCCUGAGGUAGAGACUCAUGCGAAUAUCAGGCAGCUUUAAGUAUCUGUGACCAAAAUGAGGUUUUAGUCCUUUUUCCUGCUUUCCUCAUUGAUAGCAAACGCUUGUCAGCGUUCACAGAGCUCCCCCUUAUCAUGAUAUGCACAUUUACCUCCUUACACAACCUGUAGCGGAGAGUCCAGAGAGGAAGCCUUUGCUCCCUGGUUUUAGUAAGCACACAGUUGCAGAAUCAGUGUUUUGACAUCCAGAGCGACUUUGAGCUUUGAAUGAACUCAGCCUGCGUCGGUAGAAACCAGAUUUUCAGAUUUUGUCUUUUCUCUGAAGUUUGAUCAGGACAAAAGUACUUGUCUGGGAGUGAAAUCGAUAUUUUGUACUUUGGACUGAAAGAGUGAUUGAGUAAGAGGAAACUUAAUCUGCAACUGUCAAAUUACACAGUUGUCAGAACUUUUUGGUAAAUGUUCACUGAUUUCCAACUUCUCAAAUGGGAUUAUUAAAAGUUUUGCCUGUUCCUACUGUAUCGUUCGAUAGAUCUACGUUGAUUUUGAAACCGUCAAAAAAGACUUUGAGAAACUUUCUGAGAGUUGCUUUCUUGACUGGCAACAACCAUAUUUAAAAUAGUCACGAGGGGUUUGACUUGGAAUACUUUUUUCUUUAUACCAGUGAAGACGUAAAACUCUUGUUCCAUCCUAAUCUUUCAAUCUUCUUAUUGACCAACAGGGAGAUGUCUUGGUGGUCCUCCAACCAGAGCAACAUGAUUAACGGUACAGACGGAGCAGUUUUCCACCCUCUCAUAAACAGGAACGAGCUGCUCUACAUCUUCGCUGCUGAUCUCUGCAGGUAUGCACGUGCUGCUGAACGUUUGUUUAUAGUCAAAGCACCCCGGCAGGGCAGGGCGGGGACCAAGACCUGCACUGAGGUCUGAAUGAAGAAACUGUCAGCUUAGUCAGACUCGAUGAGCACACAAAUCUGCUGAUAAAGAGUAGGAGAUUGGGGCAAUUACAACCCCUGAUAAGGCUGUGGUAAAGAAAAAACACACGUGCAAAAGGAAAGAGCGCACAAUUGGACACACCUGGUCCGCUCUGAGGAGUUAUUAUACUUGGGAGUGGUGUCAAAUAUUAACUACGAAGGGCCAAACUGUUGUAUGAAAAAGAAAAACAUCAGUCUCAUCCUCCUCUGCGCUUCAUUCAGACUUCUUGACGCUGAAUUUAACUUUUUGAUCCCCUAAAUGUGACAUCAAGCUUGCUUUUCUCUCCUCAGGUCCAUCCACUUGGCCUAUGUGGAAGACGUGGAGGUGAAAGGCAUUCAGGCGUACCGCUUCGCCCCUCCCAGUGACGUCCUCAUGAGCCCCAAAGACAACCCCACUAACGAGGGCUUCUGUGUCCCAGCCGGAGACUGCCUUGGCACCGGAGUGCUCAAAGUCAGCGUUUGUCGCGAAGGUAAGGGAGCCCUGACCCAGUUACUCAACACAACCCAUCCCUCCCAACUGGCCCCAUGACACAGUUUCCUCCACUCCCCGCCUCUCCCAAUUUCUACCCCCAAAAAAUGUCCUUUCAAUCAGACACCGCGUCCCCCGCCUGCUAUCGGACAUUCCCUCUGUUUGAGCAUGCCAGAUUUUUACUCAAGCACGGUUCAAUGAUUAACUGUGCUGACUGUGUGGAGGCUGUUGGAGUGUUUUAUGGCGGUCAUUGAGUGGAGUGUGAUUGCUCUGAUAAGGCUAUCUACUCUGACUCCGACACAAGAGGACAGUGUCAUAUCACCAGCAGAUCUGCUACUGUAACCACACCACUCUGUUUAUUUUAUAAUUACAUGAUUAGUUUGAAAUCAUUUUAUGUAAUUAAUGAUUUUUUUGUGAUUCGCCUUCAAAGCAAAGAAUCCUGAUGGCAGAAAACACUGAAGGGAACUGUCAAAACCCGAGUCUAAUCAUUUCACAAGGUUUCUGCUGUUCUUGCGCUGCCAAAUCCUGAUUGGCUCUCUACAUCAGGCCCUCUGACUCAUAUGAAGCAAAAACGCCUGAUUGGCUGAAUUUUUGUGAUGCUUUAGCGAGAGCCAAUCAAAACAGAGUCCUGUUGUCACAUGCUAGGUGGUGUCAUUCUGAAAGCCCCUACUCAGACAGAGCUCUGAGCACAAGAGACAAAUAUUCAAAGUUGUUUAAAGCCCCCAGAAAAUUGUGGUUUGACAGUUGUACUAUUUUGCAGGAAAUUCAAAACACAGAUGUACUUUAAUGUGACUGAUGAUGAGCAAUUUCCUCUUUCCACUUUGAGUUUCAACAAACGCAGCUGUAUUUCUGAUGUCAUUUUUAAUGCCAGAAACCAGUGAGAGGGUGUAGGUGUCAGCUGAGCAGUUUCCAUAUGAAAUAUUCAUGAUAAAUGGUACAUUUAGCUGUCAAAAACCAGCAGGAUGAGAUUUUUUGUCAGUAGACACGACUUAAGCAUGUAGAGGACAAGAUGAGCAAAGACUGCUCUGUUCAGAGUGCGCCAAAGUCGGCACAAACUGAAAGUUCCUCCGGGGCUUCAAAGGAGAGAGUAAUCUAAAAGACAGCUGCUCUCAUUUAUUUAUCAUCUCGACUUAGAGUUUUGAUCUGUUUAGUGUCUGCUGUGCUCUGUCAGCUAAUCAUUGUUUAGGUUGAAAACCUCAAACAGAUUCUGCAGUUAUCCUCUUCACACUAUCAGCUGCAGAUUUACCUGUAUAUGCACUGGUAUCUCUCAAGGACUGAACAGCCCCUCUAAUCUUAUCUCAUGUUUUGUCUUAAGGCCUCCUUGUUUAAACAGAGUUAUCUCAGGAAGUGAACAAUAACUGACACAUGUGUAUCCUUCUUGUUCUCCGUCCAGGCGCUCCCAUCGUCGUGUCUUUCCCCCACUUUUAUCAAGCGGACCCAAAGUACAUUAACGCUGUGGAGGGACUCAGCCCCAACAAGGAAGAGCACGAGACAUACCUGGACCUGCAACCGGUAGGAAUGACUCUGUUAUGAGCCCAUCAGAUUAGAUAAGCUGAACUUUGAUUCUUUAGUUCACGACCAUGCUUAUCUAAAUGAGAGAAAUUGUUGUGAUUCAUAUAAAUAGCUCUGCUUGUGUUUGCACUGAGAUUAAGAGAGUGAAGAGACUAUGCCUUAAAAAUGGCUGAAAAGACGAGAACACGAUUAAACAGUGCAGUUAUAACAGUAUUGAUAGGAUAAUAAAUAGUAUAUUCAUUGAAAACCUCCCAUGGAGAGUCUUGAAUUUGUUGUUAAACAGACCAAAACUGACACUGAUGCCUGAAAAGAAAAUCAGGGACAAGACUAGUUUUUUUUAGGUCUGAUGCUGCUAUAAGGGGGCAGGUGCCAGACUUGACACAGACUUGAUAGAACAAAUGAAGUCCCCACUUCAUCUCAAUUAUCAAUCCAGCCUCAUGUGCUGUUCAGAACGAGAGUUUUAGUACAACACGUGGGAAUCACAGAAAGGAGUUUCUGACCUGCGCUGAAAUUCACGGAGACCUCUCUGGGGUUUUUUGUUUUCAGACCACAGGUGUUCCCAUUCGGGCCUGCAAGAGAGCUCAGCUCAAUAUCAUCCUGAAGAGGGUCCAAGGCUUCCCGUAAGUUGAACUUCGUCGAACCCUGACCUAAUUUUGUGUUAUCGCAACAACCCAAUUUGCGCCACAUGUUGAGCCAGAUGUCCUCCCUGACCCCCUCUCUCUGUCCCUCUCCCUCCUCCCCGCAGAAAAACCAAGUUCAUCAAUGAGACCAUUUUCCCAAUCAUGUUCGUCAACGAGGUGAGAGUCUCAUCCGGUGCAACCUGGGAUCAAACAGGGUCCCAUGACCGUAGGUGAACCACAGAUCGAUAAUCACCUCCCUCUCUCUCUCUCUCUCUCUCUCUCUCUCUGGCUUUCUCAGACGGCGACCAUCGAUGAUGAGUCAGCAUCCCAGAUGAGGACGAUGCUUCUUAUCGUCACUCUCGUGUCGAACUUCCCAUUGCUCAUCGUGGGCAUGGGCAUCAUCCUGCUGCUGGUGCUCGUCAUCUUGUUCUGCAGAAACCGGCAGAGGACGGUAGGUUCCGCUCCUGUCAUGUGGACUGAGCUGUCGUAUUAAUCCACACAGCAAACCCAGUGUGAAGUGUGUGUGUGCUACCCACUGACACAAGUCAACCAGAGCCAGACUUAGAUGGUAGUAAUGUGUCACAGUAAAUGCUGCAGGGUUUGUGCAUGUUUUAACACUAUGUGCACGUUAACUAACCCGUCGCAUGUUUCCUGCAGAGCAACGCCAGCAUGAGCAGUUUCCAUGAAUCUGGAUCAAAUGCCGUCUUUGUGUUUUUUCCCUUUUGUGAAUGUUCACUAACAGUCGACUCCGCUUUGAUGAGUCGAUGGAUCUUUGGAUUGAGGAAGAAAGCAUUUUUAGUUCCUUUUUUUAAGAAUAGCUCUGUGCUGAGUGGCAAAGUGCACUGAACUAGAGUAGUCCUGAGAUUGAUGUACAGCAUGUUGACCUCUUAUCUCCAGCAGAGCAAGGUUGUCGACCUCACAUCCUGCACUCGGAGAGAACCUCAGAUUAUCCUAGCCUAGGUUACCCACUGUAUGAAGAGUUGUUGGCAGCAUGUGAAAGGAAAAAUUCAAUAUUUUGGGAAAUAUCUGUUUUCUUUCCUCUGAAUUUACACAAGAAAAAUGAGGCACCUAUGAAGUAUGUGCCCUAAAGGAAAGAAUUAGAUGAAAACGGAGCCUCUCUCGUUUAUUCCCUCAAAUACCAGCAUCAAAAUGUGUUGGCACAUUUUAAAUGUUACAUUAUGUGCUAAUCGGAGAGCUCUGCAGGUGCCAGCUUUUGGAUUUAGUUACCUUUAGACCAGAGGCAGGUUGACUCUUUUCAGCCUUUCUCUUGAGCGAACAAGACAAGAGAAAAUCCUUCAACAGGCAGAAAGAAAGAAAAUUAAUUAAAGAAUAUAUAUCAUUGUGGUCAAACACAGUGACACAUAUUUCCCAAAACUUGAAUCCUUCCUUUGAAAGCCACACAUGAAGGAAAGUUUGGAGAUUAAAAUGUUUGAAACAUGAUUAAUUGCAAUGUGAAAAGAUGUUGUAUUAACCAUGUUCUAAUUUUAAUUUUCUGUAACCCCCCCUUUUUUUCCUUUUCUGUUUUAGAUCGAAGUAAAACAUAUUGAUUUUACUGAAGCUUUUCAUUCUUUUACUGUAAGUCUUAACUUUUGCCUUGUUUGCUAUUCUCUUUUUUAAUUUGUUAUCCAUCAUCUCUGUUUAUUAUCAUUAUUUAAUUAUCUUUGGGACAUGAUACUCCCCUUUAAGUUCUCGCCUCACAGUGUUUAUGUUUAAUUUUGAAGCUAUCAUUUCUGUGGUGCUUGUUUUUGUGGUUAAUUGGUGGUUUAGUAGGUCACUGCGGUUUACUGUGAACAUUUCAGCCAAAACAUUAACUUCAUUUAAAUGUUGUGAUCAAUGUCAAAUAAUCUGAUGUCCCACCACUUCAUUGGAUUCAACUGAUGUCUCCUGUUCUCCCUCGUUCAGACGGUGAAAGACGAGACGGCCUACACUCAGGUCAGCAGCAAACCUGACGAGCCGUCAGAAACACCCGCCAACCAGCCGAUGAAGAACGGCUCGUACAUCGCCAUGUCUCCAGUGGAGGCCCAGAAGUGUUGAUCAAGGAUCCUCCUCCCAGAGUGUGGAGCUCAGGAAGGGGGCUGGGGGAGCAGCACAUGGGUGUUACAUUACCACGGGUGGGGGGUUUGGAUACACGGUGGGUUUGGGUUAGGACAGGGGGAGGGUUGGGACACAAGCCCCCAGUAAAGGUUUAGUCAACAAAGACAUUGCUCCGCUCACUGAGCCCUCUGAUGACUGUCUGCCCUCCUCCUACUCUACCUGCUGAGCAUGGCCCUCACUGCCUGCCGUACUGCAACACAACCCACACUCACUGACACACACUUUCCGUCCCGGCCGACCCUGCAGAAGAAGGGACUCUGGGUGGGCUCGGCCGGGACACGCCUUUUCUUCCCAUGAUCCUCCAGAGGGAACACAGUAGCAGCAUAGACGUCGCUGUCGUGCGUUGCGGAUGCAUGAAAUUAAACGUGUUUGUAGUUUCCACCUGAACAGCAGAUGGUGGUGUUCCCAUCAUAGUCCCACCUUCAUUGGUCUUCAGUGAGGGGAUAACAAGCCAAUAGAAAAAAAAUUAAAAUGAAUCCUCUAUUUGGACACAACUCCGAGCUCCGGCACAGAUCCCUUUGUUUAAAAACUGAGCCAAACUAUUUUUGCCUUUUUCCCCGUGAAGACGUAGUGAAACCACACAAACACACUAACCGCACUUCCAGUAUGAGUUAGUGUGUGUGCACCUUUAAUAACACUUCCCUGUCCAGUUUUGAUGGACAGCUCUGUUUUCCCUGAUGCAGACACAGUGUAUUCUGAACUGUAACAUCCCCCUUCUCUCUUGUUUUGGUCAGGUUUACCUGAUUUUUUUCUGAAACACUAGUUUAAAAAAUGGAAAAUAUCUGGGAGCUCAGCCACUUUUUAAGUCUUGGGGUGGUAUCUGAGUUAAAAGUAAGAGGUUAAAGAUGCACCUUUUUGUAGGCUUUGUCACACUUUCAAAACAAAAAGGAAAAAAAAAAAAGAAAAACACCCACAAGAACUUACAAGGGAGACUUGAACCUGCUUUCUGCCUUACAACGGUUCACCUUCUUUACGUUCAUUCAUAGUUCGAAUAAGCUGGAAAAUCUCUUCUGUUAUUGUACAUAUGUAAAGGGGAAAUGUCGAGAUACCUCUGACCAAAAUCCAGCGAGCAGUCCUUCUAGAUGUGCUGAAAGACACUAACGUGGCUCCUGCACGUCUACACUGUUACCUAUUAGAGAAAGCACAAUUGGGAUUGUUGAAACCAGUCCUCACACAAGGCGACCGUUUUCUUUGUCCUGUUGUUAUACAUAUAUUUACAGCUGAUCAGUCAGAGACACUGUCAGGUGCCGUGACGAUUAAAAAAAAAGUGGAAUCAUUGGGGUUUUUGAGGGAGCCUUGUGUGCACCACUUGCCGCUGUGCAGUCAUUCAGUUUGCCAAGGAGCUGUAUGCAUUCAGGCAAACAGAAAAAAAACGCAGCACACAGCACUUGAAUCACUGUUUGUCUUAUGUUUCAUGUUGUGUUUUCUUCUCUCUGUCCUUCACAUGUCCAAAAAUAAGAAAAAAAAAACAUGUUAGUUUGAAUGGGAAGUGAAUUUAAGGCCAUAAUACUGUCAACACAGAGAAUUCCCUGCACUUUGCCUGGAAAAUUGUGCCCUGUUUGUUUGAUUGUUUGUUUUUGUCUUUGUCAUUUCAAUGCAGGUGGUCCAUAUAUUCAGUACAUUUCAGUAGUUUGUCCUCACUAGUAUUGGUAAUGACGGGUGUUGUUGUAAAGGAAACGGCACAUCCGGCUCUGUGUUACUUGCUUUCGGCACACGGAGUGUCUUCUUUUUGAUAUACUUUUGUAUUUGUUAUUGCUGCUAAAAAAACAAACAAAAUGCCAUAACAUACUGGACUUGUAUUAACAUAUUGGAUAUGAACCAUAAUGUGCUCUCGUUCAGGUUGAUCCACAGAGUCUUCAAUCUCAAAGGAUUAAACCAGUAUUUUUUUGACACCCGAGCACAAGGAUACAAAGCCCAAAGCUUGCUGCCAUCUCUUGGAAUUAGCAGUUAGUUAUCACAUUGAACCACUCAUUCCUGUACUAGCAGAUGAUCUGACCAUAUCACAUGUAUCGUUGGGGUUUAUUGUAGGAUUAGUAACCUUUUCCAGAUCGCUUAAGGGGCACAAAAAAGGCGAGCCACCUCAGCUCGGUGUCAGAAGUCAGCGACUGUGGGAUUAUUAACACUGUGGUGGAAGUUUCUUUGAAAGUAUUCCUUUAAAUCAAUUCACUAAAGGCCUUUUUAUUCCAAUGUUUGCACAAGCAGCCACCGCUUUGUGCAAACUUGUAGUUCAUCAUUAUCCACCAUUUAAAACUUGAACCUGAGACCUUAAUCCCCAGAGUUAUGCGUGUGUGUAUGUAGUGUCUGUUCAAACACACACCUGAGUCAUCUGUCUGACUUCUACACCUCCGACCUUUGAGUCUCCAUCUAUCGAACCUGUUGGCUCGCCCCUGCUUGACCAAAGAUAACCCACAUAGAUCCACCCCCAGCACCAUGUUUACUCUCCUCUGCGGUAACAGCUGUGCCACAAAACCACCACCUACCUUUUUUUCAUUUUAAACGUGCCACCAAUUACGUGAAGUAUUCGCAGCAGUGUUGUGUGAGCGUGAACAGAAAUGUGUGCGUGUAUGUGCCUUUUUACACCAAGGCAAGAAAAAACAUUUCAAAGAUGGUUGUUUGAGGAGUAUUGCUUUUUCUGUCACUUGAUGCAAGAGCAAACUAAAGUAAUCAACGCUCUUUGUGAGCAGAUCUCAGUAUUAUGUAAGGCAAAGCAAUACAGAUUUGUGUAAAAUUUUUUAUUAAGGGGCCACACAAUAUUUAUGUUUUUCCUGAUUUGUUUUUGUUUUUUUAGUUUCUUUGUGUAGAAGUAUUUCCUUUUAUUUCUUUCAGUGAUUUAGUUGUUUUUUUUUAAACAAUAUUCAGCACAUUUCAUUUGAUCAUUUCAAAGUGCAAAUACAAAAAAGUGUAAAGCUGGUCCAGUCUUUCACACUGGGAGCUGUUUGGGCCCUGUAAAUGUUUGGGAAGAGUGUACAUGAAUGGUUUGAGGUUGUUUGUGAUGGAUAAAUAUGAGAACUUGUGUGAGUUAAAGUUGUGUUUGUGGAGAAAUGCACCAUUUGAUGGAACUGGAGUGAUUCUUACAGGAAGGCUGAUUAUCUUGAUGACUGAGCAGAGAAAAGCAUUAAUGCUGUGUAACCUAUCUAGAUGAAUGAAGCCCUCCUUCAGGGAUGAGCACUUGUGCCAUACCAUCCUUUCUAUGUUAUUUCCCCCCAUUCUUGUUCCUUCUUUUUUUUUUUUUUUUUUGCUCUUUGGUUUGACAACCAUAUCUCUCUGUUUCGAUGUUCUGCAGCCACUAACAGACGUUUCUCCCUGAUAUUCUCGUUUGUUUUGCUGCUGAAAAUGACAAUCCUGCUUGUCAUGUUAGGUGCAAAAUGAAUUCAAAGUAAUAUCCAUUUUUAGUUUUGAUAAUUUACACUGCACAAAUGUUUCUACAGUGCUUUUGUAAACAUUUCUAGUGUAUUUGCAAAAAAAUAAAAGUUGCAGUAAAAGUGCAAAGUAAACA